AUGAUUGGAACGAAGCCAGCCAAGCGUGGUCGCGGCCGACCUCGAAAGCACCCAGAAGCUGGCAGAGAUCCAUCUAUCAACACGCCGGCUGAACUUGCAGCAGCCUGCCCGCCCAAGAUCAAACCUCGACGAACGAAAGCUAAGGCCAAGCGUUUCACCAGACCAGCAAGAAACUCGACUGUACGGAACGCCCGGAGAAUCCCUGGUGAGGAGAACGAGAGACAAUACAGCGAUGGUAUUGACGAGCUCGACGAAUUUGCGUUCAUGGAUGCAUUGUUGAAUGCUGAAGACCAGGCUUAUAUGAGAGGCGUGCUUGAUGCAUUAGCAACGCAGCCCGAGCACGAUCAUGAAUGUAUCGACAAUCAAAAGACAAAAGUCGAGGUGAAGGCAGAAUAUCAAGCAGCUGAAGUCAUCAAACUCGAAAACACGCCACCAGAGGUUGGAGAAUGGCGUUUGCUUAAUGUCAAAAUUGAGCAAGGAGAGAUCAAGUUGCCAAUUUCCGUUCUGCCAGACGAAGUGAACGGCCACGAUGUUCCAUCGAAGGUGCUUGAUGCACUUGGAGAAUGCGAUAUGUCGGCAAGGUCAGGAGGUACUCAGGAAGUGGAGCGGCCGGCAGAUGAGAUGAUUUGGAAGCUAGAUGCUAUUCAUGACUGUAAUGUCAAUUUGGGCGCUACUCGUGUCUAUGACACAGACAAGGAGAUGGAUGGACUGAAUUUGCUGGCUGGAAGCACUGCUGAAGCAGAGCCGCAGACAAACGAUCUGGUGCUACAAGACUUGGACGCCGUCCGUGACGACAAUGUCGUUUUGAACGCUACUCAUUUCUAUGAUGCAGAUGAGGAGGAUCUAAUCGGCAACCUCGUACAGUAUCAAGUCUGGCAUGAAGCUCUCCAAGGCGAGCUACCCGCACAAGCUUCUGAAGUCACUACACUCGGUCGAAUUCGCGGCUUCAUGAUCAAUCUCAUUUGGGGAAGGCAAUAA